GCGUGGCGUGGGCGGGCCCCACGGGCGGGGCUUUCUUUUCCCCAGUGCCCGCCGCCGCCGCCGCCGCCGCUGCUGCUGUAGCCUCUACCCGCCGCGCGGACCGAGGGAGCGCGGUCGCCGCCGCCUGCCUGCCCGGGUGCCCGCGUGCCCGGGCAGCGGUGGGCCAGGAUGUCGGGUUUCCUGGAGGAGCUGCUGGGAGAGAAGCUGGUGACGGGCGGCGGCGAGGAGGUGGACGUGCACUCGUUGGCUGCCCGCGGCAUCUCGCUGCUCGGGCUCUACUUCGGCUGUAGCCUGAGCGCCCCCUGCGCGCAGCUCAGCGCCAGCCUGGCCGCCUUCUACGGCCGCCUGCGGGGGGACGCGGCGGCCGGGCCAGGGGCUGGGGCCGGCCCGGGGCCGGGGGCCGGGGCGGCGGCGGAACCCGAGUCGCGGCGCCGCCUGGAGAUUGUCUUCGUGUCCUCGGACCAGGACCAGCGGCAGUGGCAGGACUUCGUGCGGGACAUGCCGUGGUUGGCGCUGCCCUACAAGGAGAAGCACAGGAAGCUUAAACUUUGGAACAAAUAUCGAAUUUCCAACAUUCCAUCACUAAUAUUCUUAGACGCCACCACCGGGAAGGUCGUGUGCAGGAAUGGGCUGCUGGUGAUCCGCGAUGACCCAGAGGGUUUGGAAUUCCCUUGGGGGCCUAAACCCUUCAGGGAAGUCAUUGCAGGGCCCUUGCUUAGAAAUGAUGGGCAGUCCCUGGAGAGCAGCAGCCUGGAGGGGUCUCACGUGGGAGUCUAUUUCUCUGCGCACUGGUGUCCACCCUGCCGAAGCCUCACCCGGGUCCUGGUGGAAUCCUACCGGAAGAUCAAGGAGGCAGGCCAGAAAUUCGAGAUCAUCUUUGUUAGUGCAGACAGGUCAGAGGACUCAUUCAAACAGUACUUCAGUGAGAUGCCGUGGCUCGCAGUUCCCUACACCGACGAGGCCCGGCGGUCGCGCCUCAACCGGCUGUAUGGAAUCCAAGAUUCUGAGGAUGACGGGGAGUCUGAGGCGGCCAAGCAGCUGAUCCAGCCCAUAGCUGAGAAGAUCAUCGCCAAGUACAAAGCCAAAGAGGAGGAGGCACCGCUUCUGUUCUUUGUGGCGGGGGAGGAUGACAUGACCGACUCCCUGCGAGAUUACACCAACCUGCCCGAGGCUGCCCCUUUGCUCACCAUUCUGGACAUGUCAGCCCGGGCCAAGUACGUGAUGGACGUGGAGGAGAUCACCCCUGCCAUUGUGGAGGCCUUUGUGAAUGACUUCCUAGCAGAAAAGCUCAAACCAGAGCCCAUCUAGUCGGGCUCCGGCUUCCCCGGAUGUUAUUUAAAACGCAUUCUUCUCCUCCCCCUCCCCUGCCCUUCCCUCCACCCUUGGACUUUUCCAGGGUGUCCCGAAUCACACAACCCAAGUGUCCAACCUCUCUGUGGUGCCUUGUUUUCUGCAUUAACUCCUCAGCUAGCACCCUAGGGUGCGCAUCCUCUCCAGCAGCAGAAGAACCUCCGUGUUUGGAGACUCUGCUUGGGAUUCGCGGGGCUGGCAUAACCCGGCCCGAACUGGGACUGCAGCGUUCUCUUGGUCCCUAGCUCUUGGUGAGGUAUUUGCCAGGGUGUUCUUCUGUCAAGUGGGCACCAAGGGACAGAGCAUCGGUGCUCUGGCUCUGCCUUAGGUGCCGGCACGUACGUGCAGAGCCCGAGGGUUCAGAGGUGCACCCGCGGCGGGUGGAGCAGGGAGAGGGCGGCAGCCGCAGAGGCCCCGUGCAGAGCUGCUGGCGAGGACGUCCUUUCCUAAGUGACUUGGUCUGCCUUGGUCUGAGGGAAAAACACCAGCUUGUCAGCCGGUUCUUGGGCAGGGGCUCUCCAGCCCUCAAAGGAGGUUUGUGUUCUUUUCUGGUGAGGAAGAGAGUAGCUAUGGUAAUGAUUCACGUACUAAUUGCUUACUUUGAUGGAGCGCCUCCCAUGUGAUAAGAAGGAGCUGCUCAUUCCUUCCUUCUAGCUCUUUCUUCCUUGAUCUUGACCUUCUCCCAGUUUCUACCGUCUCAGAUGAACAGCCCCUACAAUCUUGGAAUGUUGUUACUAAGUUCUCCCCCUUGGACAUCUUCCCAAGAAGACACGGUGGUCCUGUGUUCCCGGAGGAGCACCACUCACCAGCUCAGACCUGACUCAGCCCGGCUCUGGGCCUGGGGCCGCUGGAGCUCUGCUGAGGUGCCCUUGCCCACCCUUGGUUACCCCUGCAUUCCCUUUUCUUCUCAAAGCAGAACUUAAAAGAGACAAAAAAAUUACCAGAAGCCUAGCUUUUUCCUAAGAACCUACAGAAAGGGCUGUGCCCUGAGGUGGGAGUGCAGGCCAAAGACAGGUCAGCUAAGAGUAGGCCCUGGGUCCGCUCUGCCGGGCCCAGCUCAGCUCCUUGUUUGGGCUGAACUGACCACAGAAAGGAAGCUAACAGCUGUGCUCUUAGGAUUUGGGAUGGAAGGCUUUGCCUAGGGCCUCACAGGGUUUCAGCCUAUCUCAAGUCAGAAGUCAGGGCCUUUAAAAUAAUCUCAGGCCUCACCCCUGGCUCCACUCACAGCCAAUCAAGACCAUUUAUUUGGAAAACCCAGCCCCCUCCAAUUAGCUGUUGACAUGUUGCUCCUUGCUGAGUGGGAUUGCUGAUUUGUAGUUCAGAGGUACAAAUUUAGUUGGUAAUUAGACUGUUACUGUUACCAGCCUGAAAUGCAGUCACCUAGUAAGAAAUAAAACAGGCAUCUCUGGACGUUAUCAACCACUUGGCCAUUCCUGUCCUUCAUAACAAAAAUCUUUUGGCUUGUGCUGUGCUCCAUGGGGUGGCCAGUGGCAGGGGGCGGGGGGGGGAACACACAAGAUCCUCUUGACUUUCACCGGAUAUUUGGCAGCUAUGUUUCAGAAUUUUUGAGAACCAAGCCCUAACGUGGUCAUCUGUCGAAUCCUCUGGAAGCCGGGAUUCUCGUUUGGAUUAGAGCGUCAGAGGCAGAUCCCCCGCUGGAGCUCUGGCCACCACCUCUCCGAGUUUGACUUGCUGUUGCAGGGGGCGGAGUCUCAGAUUACAGACAUCCUUGUGGACACGUGUUCAUUCCCCCCCUUCACGGGAACACGUGCUCAGAAGCCUGAGAAGGCCAGUUGGAGAAACACAAGGAGCCCAGCACGGGUCCUCCUGUGAAGAAUGGGGCAGUAGUUGGAGACUCUCAAACCUAGCUCCGUCCUAGGGCUAGGGGCUGCUCUGGGAGCCCUGCCAGUGUCUCCCUGGGGGGCGGGGUGUGUGGGGAAGAGGGGAGGUCACCCUCACUUGGAGGAUGGUCGGGAUUUCUGUCUGUGCCCUGUACCAUGGUGGCCUUGGAACAAAGGUGGUCUCUCUUAGCAACUACUUAACCUUCUGGGGCAAAAGAAACAAAGUCCAGUUGAGGAGUCGUCCUCGCAAGUCACUGCAGCAGAAAAAUUAGGUCAUUUUUGAUCCUUCUACGGUCCACACAGGGCUGACUAAACUACUUGCCACUAAUGUCAACUGGACCCUUGACACCAGAAUUCCCCUUCUGGAGGGGGGUGUGGAGGUUAAGAUCAAUGGGAAGGUUUGCCAAAAAGGUGCUUUUGGUUUAUACGGUGGCAACUUUGGGGGAAAAAUGCUGGGGGAGGAUCACCUCACCAGUGAAAAAUCCCGGUCUCUAUAGUGCGAGAGAUCUUAAAUGUUGUUGAAGCAGACGAAGUGGGUGGCAUCUUAAUUCCCACUAAGCAGCUCCAAACUAUCUUGUCGCUGAUCGGAAGCAGGUUAAACCACCAGCUGUGACAUACUCAAGGUCUUCCGCCAGCAGCAAGGGAAACCAUGUCCUGCAGGUUGAUGAGGCAGGAUGGUGGCUGUAAAAAUGCCACCCUGGGGUUCCAGAUCUGUGUUCACCACAAUGACUUCCAGAUCCGAUUCUACCCAUUUUCACAACAGAGAUGAGAUUUUUUUUUUUUUUUUUACCUGUCCCCAACAAUAAAGAUCUACUUAAGAAAAAAAGUAUGUGUGUGGGGUUGGCAUGUACAGCGGGCAGGUGUAAAGGCCAGAGGGCGACUGAGAAUCAGCUUCUUUUCCAGAAGUGAGGGGGCUGCCUGCUACCCCCGCUCCAAGUGUGUCCUCGCAAUCAAUGACUCUCACUCAUCCAAGCGCAGGGAGCCUGUUCUGCUUUUCUGGCAUCAGCCAAGCUUCAAGUGGUAAUUUUCAGCCAGACUGUGUUUUUUCCUGUUGCCUAAUUAAAGCCACUGAAAAGCUGUUCUCUCCUCCUGCGGCCUUGUUCCAGGGCAGCAAACGGAAUUCUGCAGUGACAGACAUAGUAGAAUGUGGUCCAGGAACGGAGCAGCUGGACCCAAUGAGGUCAUCGGAGGAGGAGAACUACACACGCGUGUGCGUGUACACGUGGAGAGGCCCGCGGGCUUGGAGUGGCAGCCCUGGGAGGGGCCCGAGCGAGUAGCUGGUCCAGCGCCUCCAGUCACGCAAGCAUUCUGUUCACUGUCGCCUCCCCCUCAGCCAGGUCCCUUGCCCGCUGGGAGCAGGAGCUGAGCGCGGCGGCGGCGGCGGUGGCGGUGUGGAUCGGCGAGCGGUGUGGAUCGUGGGAGGUCCAGCAGUGCACCUGCAGCUUCUCUCCGGUGCUGCGGCAUGAACCGAGGACAGCCCGGAGCUCAGCAUCUUCCAUUUGUCCAGAAGCAGCUGUGUUCAGUGAGCACUCAAACCUAAGUCCCUCUUUGCUGACACCAACAGGGACGAGAGAGCAGGCUGCUCAAGGGAAAAUGCUUUGGGGACAAACGGCUGUUGUCUAUUCGCCUUAUUAUUAUUAUUAUUUUUUGCGGUACGCGGGCCUCUCACUGUUGUGGCCUCUCCCGUUGCGGAGCCUGGACGCGCAGGCUCAGCGGCCAUGGCUCACGUACCCAGCCGCUCCGCGGCAUGUGGGAUCUUUCCGGACCGGGGCAUGAACCCGUGUCUCCUGCAUCGGCAGGCGGACUCUCAACCACUGUGCCACCAGGGAAGCCCCUCGCCUCAUUAUUGAUUGUUCAUUAUUAGCAAGUGGUGUAUGUGUGAAGGGUAGAAUAUUUUCCAGGAAACAAAAAGCUCGGAUGUAGGAAAAUCUUAUAUUGGCUCUACUCUAUGGCCGGGACUUCUCCUUCUACGAGGGUAGAUCUGACAUCAGGACAUUCUAGGUAUGCCUGAGUGUGAAAGCACGAAGAGAAGUAACUCUGCUGCAUUUUUCAGCCUAAGUAUGCCUCACCCUCUUGGCCUUCUGGAACACUUCCCGAGUCAGGAAAUGUGUGACUAGAUUUGAGUAGGACUUGUUCUGAGGGGCUGUAGGGUUUCCAUGCAAUAAUGUGCCACCUCAUGAAAGCGUCUGUCCCCAGGCCUGUAGGCCAGUGUGCAGCCCCAGGAAGGCAGCCAGUCUCAGGUCUGACUCCUGGGCGCUCUUGCCUCACACAAGUAAGUCACCCACACGGGCUACAAGUGGGAUAUGGGAGGAGGCAUGAUUAGGACCCAGUCCCCCCAGACAGAUCUCCUUUGAUAUCAGAGGAUACGCAGUCCCCAGCCAGUCCAGCCACUCUGCCGGCCUGGGGUCACAGAGGUGCAAGGGCGGCUGGGAGGCCAGACCCUGCUGCAGCCACGUCUCUCCCCAACCUUAGUUCUCUUCUUGCAUUUUGAGGAAGGAUCAGCUUUGGUGAUGGUCUUCUCCAACUAUGAGACCUUAGUUGAAAAAACUUGCUCCUCCCUACAAAACGUGGAGAACAGAGCUGCUACCUUGCGUGAUGUAUGCACAUUUUCAGUACCUGGCCUUUGAGCAGCGGCCUGGCUUCCUGAGGCUAUGAGCGCCUGCAGCUGCUGCAAGGUAACGCGGGACCCUGGUUCAGGGACUGUCAGUCACCCACAGCAGCACAUCUGGCUUCUAGCUUCUUUCUUUUGCGUGUUCAGUGAUGCAGAGGACGUGAGAUCUUGGAGUUUAAAGGUGUCUACGUGAGUGUGUCCUUUAAAACACGUUUUUCAGGUGGGCCAGUCAGUUCUGCUCCCACAGUGGGUGGAGGCGGCUUGGCCAAGAGGGGCCCACAGCACAGCCGUGGUUUUCAGCACCAGUCGGGGAACCCUGGGCGAGGUGCUGAUCCUGGAGUCUUCGUGUGGUGGAACAACAGAAGUGGAGCAGUUCAGCUUUUGGUGACACCGGGUGUUGCUAAUAGCCCUGGGGCAGGUGGUAGAAGGCCCCAGUGGAAACCAGUCCCCCGAGGUCUGUUUAUCCUCUGGGCCUUAAUGACUGAGACUCUAACAUGAGCUAGUAGCCACGGCUGGGGGAGGGAAGAGGACCUUUCUGCCUCCCCUGCCCUGACACUCUAAACGGGGCGAGGCAGUGGGUUCUCAGUGUGAGUUCCAGGCACCUGGGGACAUCAGCAUUAGUCCAGAGCUGCUUUCCCAGAGGCUCCAUUCAAGGGGAAAAGAUGUGCUAGUUUUUUCUGAGGCAGCUACUUCCCACUUCUGUCCAUUUCCUCCCUAGUUUUUGGUCCAAUGUUCUAUACUUCAGAUUCUGCCGAGAAUGAAUGACAACGUGGGUGGGUCUUCAACUUUAGCACCUCUGAGCACAAACAGCUUGUAAAAGGCCCACUGUGGUGGAGGGAGACUUUUGAUUCCAUCCUCUUUCACAAGUUAUAUCCAGGAAAAAUCCCCACCCUUCCCUUCAGGGUUGGGAGUGGUUGGGGCGUGACUGCCCCCUUGUGGCAGAAAUCACCAUUAAAGCCACAUGCAACACAAAAGCAAGGGGCAGCUUGGCCAACCUUCUGAAGGCUUCUCUUUCAGCCAAGCAAUGUGUUUUACUUGUCAUAUACUGCUCAGUUUUCAUCCUGUCUCCUGGGGAAAUGGUGACAUAAAUAUUGGCCUCGAAACUGAGAAGAAUUUCCAGAUGGCUAAUUUCCAUCACUAGGCAAACAACUUCACCACCAUUUGCUUCCCCUGUAACCAUUUUAAAGAAAGGAAAAUUUGCCCUCCCCUCUGCUAAGUUAUACCCACAAAUAUACAAAAGGAACUCACAAGGCAUGGUAUACAAGUCAUGGACUAUAAAGUGAAUGGGAUGUAAAUGUCUUUUCCUUCUUACACCCAGGAUGACAGAAUGACUUGCUAGGUGUGCUCUUCUGUGGUGCUUUGUUUUUCUAAACAAAGACAAGGUAUGGGUUUGUUGUUCUUUCAUUGGUUUUUACUUUGCAAUAAAAGUCAGCAGGAAUAAUAACCCAGGGAAAAAAAUUGCAGGAGACUGGUUUCACACUGAAA